CUGUUCCAGACCUUCUGACAGAACCGCCUCGGUUUUUCCAGACUUACCGGUUCGACCUUCGGGAGUUCUCCAGGCCUCGCUUCGUCACUUCGAGACCCUUCGAUCUCCUUCCCGAACCUUCCCAUCGCAUGGUUAGACUAGCUCUGGUGUUCCUAUAUCUUGGCUUGCCAUUCCUUGUAUCGUCAUUCAUUUGAGUGAACACUUCGUUAUUCAUUUCCGCGCUACUCUGCUUGGGAAACUCUGCCGAAAUUUCGUGGACGCCGACACUUGUGAAAAUAUCGAGGGAGCUGAGUGUGGACAGCAAAGGGGAGCUGAGAUUCGUCAUUUCUCAAGGAGAAGAUGAAUGAGAGAGGAGGAGAUACUAAUGGAAGAGGAGCUGUACCUGAGAAGACAAGUGAGCCGCCACCAUCAAAAGUUGAAGCUUUGGAUGGCUCCAACUAUGAGGAAUGGAGCGGGCGGAUGAGGAGUGCCUUCAAACGCUACAAGCUACUGAAGAUUGCUGUUGGGGAGGAGAAGAUGCCGGAGGAAGGCGAAGAACGCGAACGGUGGAUUGAGAAAAGCACGGUGCUUUUCGACCUCAUCCUUCAAUCGGUCAACAAGGAGAUGUUCGAGCACAUCAAGGAUCUUGUGGAAGCGGAUGAUUCGGGUCCAAGGGCGUGGAAACUACUACGCGAUGUGAUUCAGCCCAACACUCUUCCGAUGGUGAUCGUGCUCGAGAAGGAACUUGCUGCAAUCUCCAUGCGACUAGGGGAUGAUGUGAAGCCGGCCCUUGACAAGAUCAAGGACACCUAUGCAAGGAUGGCAGCAGCGGGCAGCAGCGUUUCUCAGCUGCAGCAGUGCACCAAGAUCAUCUCGGUGUUGGACAACUCGUGGGACAACCUCAUCCCCACCCUCAACUCUCAGCAAGAUCAAUGGACACCUGAGUGGCUAAGGCAGCAGAUUCUGCAGGAGGACUUCCGCAGACGCCAUGUGGGAGGCGGUGCUGCCACUAAGACUGCUGAGGGGUAUGGAGCUGCAGGGCGCGGCAGAGGAAGAGGGGGUUGGAGAGGCCGAGGCCGUGGAAGGAGCUUUGGCAGAGGUAGAGGCCGAGGUGACUAUAAUGAGGGGCAUGGGAGCUCUAGUGGCAGGGGGAGUACCAGAAUGGAGGGCACCUGCUGGUACUGCAAGAAGGUUGGGCAUCCUUGGUUCAAGUGCUUCAGCAGGCCGGAGGGAUGGGCACCUCCAGGCAUGAAGCCGCCCAGUGGUGAACGUGCACAAGGUGGCGCUGUGCAAGGCUCAGGUGCACAAGGUGAAGGUGCACAAGGUAAUGCCUAUCCUGGGAUGUUUCUCAUGGUUGAGGAUGUGCAUGGGCAUGAGGGUGAUGUGGGAUCUGUGGGAAAGGUUGUGAUGCACCCUCUCACACACUGGGUGAUUGAUUCAGGGUGCACCAGUCACAUGACCCCACGGGCAGAUUUGCUUGAUGAGGUAAAACCCCCUGGGAAGAUCAAGUAUGUGGCAGCAGCGUCAGGUGCUUUGCUCCCCGUGAUUGGUGUUGGGAAUGCCAAGGUUAAGGGAGCCAAUGGGGAACUUGUGGGGCUUGGGAAUGUUCUGCUGGUUGAAGGUCUGUCUGCUAACCUUCUCUCUGUGCGGCGACUGCAGAAGAGCAAGGCCGAAGUGACCUUUGGACCAACCAGCUGCCGUGCUAAGCUUGGGAAGAAGGUGCUGUGGAGUCUGGAAGAGGAGACCAGCUGCAUCAAGGACCUAUGGCAGCUGCCCAUCAUCCCUUGGAAUGGGAAGACUCCAACAACAGCAACGGCAGCAGCGGCAAAGGCAACAGCAGGAGGAGAUGCAACUGCACCAACUGAUGGGGUCCUGGAAGCAGUCAAGAAAGUGCAGCAGCAGCAGACACAUGGUGAGGUGCUUGCUGGUGUGGAUGCGAGUGCGGCAUGGGCUAAGGCUUCAUCAAGGAGUGGUGAGGCCGAUUGGGAGACAUGGCAUGAGAGGCUGUGUCAUGUGAACUUCCCUAUGCUGCAGAAGUUGGUGAAGGAUGGGAGCCUGAAAGGCUUGGAGGUGAAAGGGGGAGUGAAGGAGAUUGGGAGCUGCCCUACAUGCUUGGAGACCAAGUUCUCCAAGUUCCCCUUCAACAGCACUACAGGACCAGCAAAGACCCCACUUGCACUUGUGCACAUGGAUGUGGUGGGGCCCACAAGAGCCCCUUCCCUCUCAGGCAGCCGCUAUUUCUUGACAAUUGUGGAUGACCACACUCGAGCAGUGUGGGUUUACCCUUUGAAGAGCAAGGGGGAGGUGGCAGCGGCUGUCCUUAAGGAGUGGAUGCCUAGAGCUCAGAGGGAAUGCGGAUACAAGGUGAAGGUGAUCCGCAGUGACAAUGGUGGGGAGUUCAUUGGAGCUGAUUUUGAGGGGGAGUUGAAGAGGAAGGGGAUCCAGCAUCAACUGACAGUGCCCUACAACCCGCAGCAGAAUGGCGUGGCUGAGAGGUUUAACAGGACCCUGCAGGAGGGGGCACACACUCUCCUUGGGCGUGCAGGGCUGCCUGAUCCAUUUUGGGUGUCUGCACUGAGGCAGGUCGCCCUUGUGAAGAACAGGGUGCUGGCUACAGUUGGGGAUAAGGAGUGGAUCCCAUAUACCAAGUGGUAUGGGAGUGCUCCAGCUGUAAACAUGCUGAGGGCAUUUGGGUGCAUGGUGGUGUUUCAUGUGCCUAAGGAGAAAAGGGGGAAGUUGGAGGCUUCUGGAAGAUGGGGUGUGCACUUGGGGAUUGCAAAGGAUCACAAGGGGUGGCUGCUAUGGGACUUGAUCACCCAGAAGCUGACAGUGUCCAGGGAUGUGAAGUUUCUUGAGUCCCUGUACUACAAGGAAUGGAAGCAGCAGCAACAGAAGCUUCCAUCUACACCGCUCAUUGUGGAGGUAGAUGAGGUGCAGCGGCCUUCAAGACAGGUGGAGGUUGCAGUGUCUGAGGAGGAGAUGUCUGGGGUGACUGAGGAAGGGGGAGCAGCUGAGGUGGAGCAGCAGCAGCAGCAUGAGUCUCCAUCUCGAGUUCCACACCCGCCUGAGCGACCUAGGAGGGAUGUGCGCCCUCCGGUGAGGCUGACCUAUGGGGGAAGAGGCAAGCCGAAUGUUGUGCAGGCUGGGAGUGUGGUUGAGCAGAUUGAGGAAGAUGAGAUCGCUCACUGCUACUGGGCACCAAUCCCUGAGCCCAAGACUCGAGAGGAGGCUUUGAAUGGACCAAAUGGGGAGAAGUGGAAGGUGAGUGAGGAUGAGGAGUUCGGGUCCCUGAUUGAGAACGAGACAUGGGACCUGUGUGACUUGCCUCAUGGAAAGAAGGCAAUCACUUCCAAGAUGAUCUACAGGCACAAGUAUGGACCUGAAGGGGAGCUGACCCGCUACAAGUCUAGGCUUGUGGCAAGGGGGUUUCAGCAGACAAAGGGGAAGGACUAUGAUGAGGUGUUUGCUCCUGUGGGGAAAGGAACAACACUGAGGGUGCUGUUGGCGAUAGCUGCACUCCUGGGAUGGAAGAUUCGGCAGAUGGAUAUUGUGAUUGCCUUUCUGAAUGGGAUCAUUAUGGAGGAGGUGUACAUGAAGCAGCCAGAGGGGCUGGAUGACGGGAGCGGCAGGGAGAAGGAUGAAAUCCUCAUGCUCUUGGUGUAUGUGGAUGAUAUCCUUCUCUUUUCUGCAUCCACUGCUUUGCUGGACAGCGCAGAGCAGAUGCUGGAGAUGCAGUUCAAGUGCUCCAAGAUGGGUGAGGUGAAGUACUACUUGGGGAUGCACGUGGAGAGAGAUGUGGAAAAGGGUGUGCUGAGGUUGCACCAGAGGAAGUACUGUGAGGGACUGGCUGAGAAGUAUGGGUUGCAAGAUGGGGGAAAGCCAGCAACACCACUACCUUCAGGGUUUACUGUGGAGCCAUGUGCUGAUGAGGAGGUAGUGGGUGAGAGUGACAGGAAGCUGUUUCAUUCGAUGGUUGGGUCGCUGAAUUAUGCUGCAAAUCAUACACGGCCUGACAUUGCAUUUGCUACAUCACGGUUGGCUAGUGUGGUCUCACGCCCUAGUCAUGAGCAGCUGGAAGCGGCCAAGAGGUUGGUCCGCUAUGUAAGUGCUACGGCAUCAGUGGGAUUGGAGUACAAUGGAGUGAGGCAGCGGUUGCAGAGAGGUGCUGCAGAUGUGAAGAGUGGUGAGAUGCUCUUGAGUUGCUAUACUGACGCUAGCUUCAACUCAGUGAAAGCGGAUGGCACCAGCAUUGGGGGUUAUGUGUGCUUGCUAGGAGGUGGUGCUGUGAGCUGGCGCAGCAAGAAGCAAAAUGAGGUGGGAUUGUCCUCAUGUGAGACUGAGUACAUGGCCUUACACCAUGGGGCCAAGGAAGUGGUGUGGCUGAGGGGCGUUUGUUGGAGGAGUUGGGAGUUGGUCAGAAGGAGCCGACGGUGAUCUUCUGUGACAAUGAGUCUGCUGUGAAGCUCGCCAAGAAUGCUUGUCUGCAUGGGCUUACAAAACACAUAAGGCCUAAGUGGCACUGGGUGAGGAGACUCCUUGAUAAGGAGGUGCGGCUGGAGAUCGUGAAAACCCAUCAGCAGGCAGCAGAUAUUUUCACUAAGCGUCUGGCGGAGGCGGAUCAUUGGAAGGGCAUGAAGCUUGCUGGGAUGAGUGUGCAUUGAGUAUGCAUGCUUGAGAUGUUGGUAUGGUGGAUGAUGGUUGGCAGCCAGAGGGGGAGAUUGUUGUGUGAUGUCAUCAUAUGCUAUCACAUUCUGUCUGCCUCCCAUCCCUCGUUUCAAUUCGCAUGUAUGGUUUGACUGUGUGUGAAAGAAUUUGUGCGUGGUGUGUUCUGGAGUUUGGGAAUGUGUUCUGUGUUAUUUUGUUUGAGCAGGUAUUUGUGAUGAUAGAUCUUGAGAAGAUCUUUCCGACGCAACAAGAAUCUCUUCAAUCGGAGCAAG